AUGACAUUAGGCGACCUAAUAUUAUCAACUCCCUCAUUAGAUUCUUACCGUGUUCUCAAAGAUCCGUUGCACAAGUAUGAUUCGAAUUAUCAUAAUCUGCCAGAAGGCAUAGAUCAUCGAAUAUUAGCUUAUGAUUCGCUUGAAAGUCAAAGAUAUGAAGCAUUGCACAUGAAACAACCUGUACCACGUUAUGUGACAAGAGUAUUUCAAGAAAGAUGUAAGACAAGAAAAGUAUUUAACUAUUCUGCACGUGAUAACUCCAGUUAACAUUCUCGAGUGAAAUCCCGCGAGACUAUAGACUUUACAAAAUUUGCCAUUUUUCACAAUUCGUACUUCCACGGGACUCUUUUAUGCAAAUUCAUUCACCUUUUUUGUUCUGCAUGCGCAUAUAUUUUAUAUGAGCCACUGAUUUGAACGAAAAUUUUUCUAAAUUUUUGCCGCUUCACUGAUUUAUUUCUAAAACGGUUGCAAAACUAUAUAUUUCUGCUAUUUUUUUAUAAAAAGUCAACUUCAAAAAUGGUACCACUUUUAUUGCUUUCAUGAAAUCGUAGAGCAUUUUAAAAAAAAUUUGAAAAUGUUGAUUUACUCGUGCUCAGUAAAUGGUUUUGACUGUAUACAAAAUCGAUUUUCACAACAACGCGAAAAAGCACGUUCAUUUUUCACUUAUUUAAAAAUAACGCUGGAUUUUAUAGAAAAUUAGAAAAUCGCUUGAUUUAACUAGAAAACGUUCGAUUUUCGAGAAAAUAAUAACUGAUUUUUUAUGAAAUAGAGAAUCAAUACGAUAAUCUUUUCAUUCACCAUUUCUUUUUCCGUGCGCUUUCGUAUAUAUCAUAUCUCUUGAAAGGAGGAAAUCUCUUAGCAGAAAGUCAAGUCACAAUAUGAGAUCCAUCGAGAAUCGAAGACGAUUUCAGGUGGUCGUUCUAUAUUAAAGAAUUUGCAUAAACGAUUACUAUUUUUUAAACAACCAAUUUCAUUUUUGAUUCUUAAAAUAUAGUUUCUUCAGCGACUUUCCAGUUUCGAUUUAAUAAAAAAUCGACUGAUUUUUCACAAAAACAAGAGUAAUAUUCCAUCAUACAGGGCAGUUCCACUUACUCUUGAUAAAAUGAGAGUAGGAGCUUUCAAUCAUGGUGACAUUUUCAUGAAUUUCUGUACUAAUCCCGCGGAAUUUCACCGAGAUUCUCGACUCGAGAAUGCCAUUCUUCUUCUUUUUAGAACAUAUAGAUAAAACCGAUGUUUUCGAUUUUCUUUUUUUGCAGUUGGUUCUGUGGUUUCACCGAGAUCAGAUCC